AUGACGUGUAAUCCAGGAUGGGAAGAAAUCCAAAAUGAGCUUUUACCCGCACAAACCGCACAAGAUCGUCCAGACUUGCUUGCAAGAGUUUUCAAAUUAAAAUUUGAAGAAUUGAAAGAUGAUAUUGUGGUUAAAGGGGUUCUCGGAAGAGUUAUUGUAUAUGUGCAAGUCUUUGAGUUCCAAAAAAGGGGUUUACCACAUGCACACAUGCUUAUAAUUCUCGAUGAAGAUGAUAAAUUGCAUAAUCCAGAGGAUUAUGAUCGAGUUGUUAAAGCAGAAAUACCUAUCAAGAGUGUAAAGUACUUAUACAAAUAUGUGUAUAAAGGCCCAGAUCGUGUCUUUAUGGAAGUUAGACCAGGCCCAAAUUAUGAUGAGGUCCAACAAUACGUUGAUGCAAGAUGGGUAUGUGCUCCAGAGGCAUGUUGGAAGAUAUUUUCUUUCCCUAUGUAUCGAAUGUACCCUGCCGUUUUUCGUUUGCAAAUUCAUCUUCCAGAUAGACAACAAGUACAUUUUAGACCACAUGAACCAAUUGCUAAUGUUUUGGAGCGAAGUAAAAAGACAAUGCUCACUGAAUUUUUUUAUAUGAAUACGAUUGAUCAUGAUGCACGAAAUUAUCUAUAUAGAGAGUUCCCUGAGCAUUAUUGUUGGGAUCAUAAAAACAAAACAUGGACACAAAGAAGAUCUCAUAAAAAAGUAGUGGGCAGGGUAUAUACUGUUUCACCAUUUGAUGGAGAGAAGUUCAAUUUGCGUGUUCUUCUUAAUCAUGUCAAGGGGCCAACAGGAUUUGACGAUUUAUUGACUGUGAAUGGGAUAACCUAUCCAACUUUUAAACAAGCAGCUGAACAUAGGGGUUUAUUAGAGAAUGAUAACAGCAUACGACAAUGUCUACUUGAGGCAAGAGACAUUCGAAUGCCAUCAGCUUUAAGAAGAUUGUUCGCAACAAUAUUGGUAUUUUGUUUACUAAUUGGAGUAAGAGAAUUGUGGAAUGAGUUCUAUCCAUAUAUGAUAGAAGAUUACCCAUCAACAUCUGUUACAACAGAGACACAUCGUACAAAUAAACUUCUCAAUGAUUUAGAGGCAUUACUCUUGCAACAUGGAAAGCAUAUUACAGAGUAUGAUUUGCCGAUUUUAACUGGAGAAUGUGACAAUGAUUCAACUACACCAAGACUCAUACAAGAUGAGCUAACUAUUCCUAAUAUAGAUGAAGAAUUCACUUUAAUUGAGAAGUUGAAUAACGACCAGAGACUUGCAUAUGAGACAAUCAUGACAGUUAUUGAUCGUAACGAAAGCAUGAUAUUCUUCGUCGAUGGGCCAGGGGGAACUGGGAAAACAUUUUUGUAUCGCACAAUAUUGGCAGCCUUGAGAAAAGCUGGUCACAUUGCAAUUGCCACUGCUACAUCUGGCAUAGCAGCAACAUUACUCCCUGGUGGAAGAACAACACAUUCCAAGUUUAAGAUUCCUUUAACUCUAGAUGCUUCAUCUACUUGCUCAAUAAGUAAACAAUCAGACUUAGCUGAGCUUAUUAGACGUGCCACCAUAAUAAUUUGGGAUGAAGCCCCAAUGGUAAAUCGACGUGCACUCGAAUCUUUAGAUAGAACAUUUAGAGAUAUUAUGGAAGUAAAUUUACCUUUUGGUGGGAAGGUGCUAAUUUUGGGUGGAGAUUUUCGUCAAGUACUUCCGAUUGUUCCAAAGGGUACAAAGGCAGAAAUGAUUGAUGCAUGCAUAGUCAAGUCCUCAUUAUGGAAAGAUGUCAAAGUGUUACAUUUGAAGGAGAAUAUGAGGUCUAGCAAUGAUGAAGAGUUUGCUGAGUACAUACAACACAUUGGUGAUGGGAAUGAACCAUAUAUAAUUGAUGAUUUGAUUAAACUACCCCUUUCAAUGGCAAUGCAAUGCGAGGGUCAGCAUUCUAUAUACAACUUGAUUGAUCAAGUUUUUCCAAAUUUACAAGACCAUGUCAAUGAUGCAAGGUAUAUGGUUGAUAGGGCUUUGCUAACACCUAUAAAUGAUGAUGUUGAACAACUUAAUGCAAAGAUAAUUUCUCAGUUUCUAGGAGAUGAGUUUACAUUACAUUCUUUUGAUGAGGUUGAAGGAGAUACACAACAUCUAUAUCAACAAGAAUUCCUAAAUUCUAUAUCUCCAGGGGGUUUACCACCACAUAUAUUACGGCUAAAAAAGGGUGCUCUAAUUAUGUUGUUGCGCAAUAUAGAUCCAAAAGCCGGAUUAUGUAAUGGUACAAGAUUGAUAUGCCGUGGAUGUUUUAACAAUGUAAUUGAUGCUGAAAUUUUGACUGGACAAUAUGUGGGUACACGCAUUUUUUUGCCAAGAAUCCCUUUGAAGACAACAGAAAAUGUACACCUGCCAUUUGUAAUGAUCAGACGACAAUUUCUUGUACGUUUAAGCUUUGCACUUACAAUAAAUAAAGCGCAAGGUCAGACAAUUCCAACUGUUGGAAUUUAUCUUCCUGAUCAUGUUUUUAGUCAUGGCCAAUUAUAUGUGGCAUUGUCAAGGGGAGUCUCCCAAUCCACUACAAAACUAUUGGUGCAAAAAGGCAGAAUACCUGAGGAGGAAGGAAGGAUGCCUAACUCAAAUGUGAGGAUUGAGUCCACUAGGCUAAAUAAUGGAGUGCAUGCUGUUCCUAUUGCUCAUUGGGAGAAGUGGAAGGAUGAUCAGUCAAUAUCGAACAUGGAGGCCAUUGAUAACAAGGUUCGAAAAUUGCAAAUUUAUUCACCUGGUUGGGGAUUCACUGUUCGAGUUGACAAGAAAGAGCUUUGGAGAGAAGUAAAACGAGUUUUAGAGACCAAGAACAAAGACAAACAACAAAUCGCUGUCAAGAGCAAUGAAGUUUCCAACAUCCAUAAGAAUAAAGACAAAGGAAAAAUGAAGGACGAUGUGAUCUCUAACACUCAUGCCAACAGAGACAAACAGAGAAUGAAAAUCAAGGACAAUGUGGUUUCCAACAUCAAAGAGCAAAAAAAGAUACGAACAAAAAAAAUCAAGGACGAUGCAAUCUUCAACACCAAAAACAGUAAAGACAAACAGAAAAUGAGAGUCAAGGACGAUGCGAUAAUAAAGCAGUUCUUCAAGUCCCAAGUUGAAGUAGACCAUUUCACAUACAUGGAGCUAUGCCAUAUCAUCACAAGGUUCAUGGCAAAUGCUGCUGGAAAGCAAUUAGAAUGUGAAACAAAUAGCAUUGCUCCACCAACUUCUCCACCGUAG